AGCCUAUUUUCAUUGAUAAAAACACCCCCUUUUCGGUCUACUCCUGUCAAAAUUUUUCCAGAUGCUGUUUUCAAAGCUACGCGAGCAACGGCGUAUCCUGGCCCUGCGGAGAAUUUACGACUGGGGCAACUACGAUGUCACCGCCGGUGAGUGCCGCCCGAUCCUCGAAGAGAGUACCGCCGAGUGUACGAAGGACAAGUUUGGUUGCCCGCUGAAGGUAAAGAAACCCUUCGAGACGCCCUCGUUUAAGCGAGACAAGUACCCCUUGUAUCUGAAGGAGAUUUACGAUCGGAAGGAUCGGCCCGUAGAUCCCGGGUGCCCACAGAGACUGAUCCGCCAUGACAAGCUCAGGUACAAGCCCUCUGACAAAUUCCGUAAGUUUCAGCGCACCUGGCCCGAGUGCCCGCAGAUCUGGUUGCGACCGAAGGACACCUGCUGUCCCGAUCCAGAAAUCAUUCCGCCUACGAAACGCCGUGUUCGCCUUCCACCGAAGCCAUCGCCGACAACUAUCGAAAAGCACAACUUUCAAAUGGAUCUGUUUUGCAAAUCCUUCAUCAAGGGGGCGGGCUGCAAGCAGGGUCGUCGUCCUCCCGACUGCCGUCGUCCUCGCGAAGUCAGCGACUGCACCAAGACGCCAGCUCCGAUACCCAGUUUCUCGGAGGUCUGCCGCGACUUGGUGCCCAGUUACUGCCCGGCCGAGUGCGCCUGCCUGACGCUGCCCACCAGAUGCGAUGGCUUGGCCAAAUACCAAAGAUGCAGAAUGGUGCAAAAGACCUGCACCAAGCCUCUUAUUGCCUAUAAACCUAGAUUGCGCUUUCCGUACUGAGGCU